AUGAGGCUGCACUGGAUCACAUCUGCGGUGUUGGCCGCUGCGGCUGCCACCAACUACUACAACGGCGCCCUCUGUCACAGCAGCCUGGAUUGCCUCAAGAUCUGCCAGCAGGGCGACUUCAAGGUCAUCCAGAGCUCCGAGGGCCAGCCGCAGCUUGCGUGCGCCCUGGGCAUCGUCGAGUACAGUCGCAAGACGUGCCUGUCACGCCACGGCCGAGGCGACGAGAACAUCAAGCUGCUCGGUGACGCCUGUGCCGGGGCUCGCGGCCUGCUCUGCGACAACUUCUGCGUGGUGCGGACGCUGGACCCGGGCCGCUUCGAGGACCAAUGCCGUGGCAUGGGGGGCGUUCCCUCGACCAUCAUGGGCGGCUUGACGGAGGCCCAGGCCAAGGGGCAGGAGGUCUGCUCAUCGCCGGCGCUUAAUGGGGUGAGAUGA